GGGUGGGGGUUGGGGGGAGGGUGGCGUUGGGAAGGCGAUGGCGGAUGUAGACAACCUCAACGUCGACAGCAUCAUCCAACGGCUGCUGGAAGUGAGAGGGUCCAAGCCUGGUAAGAAUGUCCAGCUGCAGGAGGAUGAAAUCAGAGGAUUGUGCUUCACAUCUCAAAAGAUCUUUCUGCACCAACCCAUCCUGCUAGAGCUUGAAGCCCCGCUCAAAAUAUGUGGCGAUAUCAAUGGGCAAUACUAUGAUUUGCUUCGACUCUUUGAUUUCGGUGGUUUCCCGCCAGAAAGCAACUACCUGUUUCUCGGGGACUACGUGGACAGCGGGAAGCAGUCGCUGGAGACUAUCUGCCUCUUGCUGGCCUACAAAGUCAAAUAUCCCGAGAAUUUUUUCCUUCUCAGAGGAAUCCACGAAUGUGCCAGCAUCAAUGGAAUUUACGGAUUUUAUGAUGAGUGUAAAAGAAGAUACAACAUUAAACUAUGGAAAACUUUCACAGACUGCUUUAACUGUUUACCGAUAGCAGCCAUCGUGGAUGAGAAGAUAUUUUGCUGUCAUGGAGGUUUAUCACCAGAUCUUCAAUCUAUGGAGCAGAUUCAAUGUAUUAUGCGGCCAACCGAUGUGCCAGAUGAAGGUCUUCUUUGUGAUCUUCUGUGGUCUGACCCCAAUAAAGAUGUCUUAGGCUGGGGUGAAAAUGACAGAGGGGUGUCCUUCACAUUUGGUGCCGAAGUGGUUGCAAAAUUUCUGCAGAAGCAUGAUUUGGGUCUUAUAUGUAGAGCCCAUCAGGUGGUUGAAGAUGGAUAUGAAUUUUUUGCAAAGAGGCAGUUGGUCACUCUGUUUUCUGCACCCAAUUAUUGUGGAGAGUUUGACAAUGCAGGUGCCAUGAUGAGUGUGGACAAAACAUUAAUGUGCUCUUUUCAGAUUUUAAAGCCGGCAGAGAAGUGGAGUGCCGUGAGACCCGCAACACCUCCACGGGGUAUGAUCACAAAGCAAGCAAAGAAAUAGAUAUCGUUUUGACACU